UCAUUCAAGAAGUUAACAGCCAAAGAUUGUUUUCCCAUUGAUGAAUAAACCUUUGGUUUUCAAUUAUCUUAAAAUCCUUUUUCAAUUAGCAUAGCUCUUAAGAGACAAAUUUGCCAUUGUACAUUUUAUAGUUUAUUAUAUAGGUAUCAAGCUAGCUUGGUGACAGUCUUUAGUAAAAUUGUGCUGUAACUAAGGAAUUUAGAUCUGUUGGGCACUUCUAUGAUACCAUGCAUUUUGUGUUAAUAUAUUUUAACAAAAAGAAACCUUAACAAUUCAACUUAAAAAGCAGUUGUUGAAUAUUAUUUCCUAGAUAUUUAUACCCUUUUAAAAAAACUGCUAGCAAUAAUAGUGCCUUAAUAAUAUUUUAUGAAGCACUGCCUUGCUUGCACUUGUUAUUAAUCAUACAUUUUAGGCCCUUAUGAAUAAAUACCUUACUUAGGCCCUUAUGAAUAAAUACUUACUUAAGAUAGCAUUAAUCAUAGAAGAACUUUAAAAUUUUGAAAAGCAUGCCAUAUUAGAGUAAGAAUAACAAGUUGUUUAUAGUACUUUAGAGUAAAUAGUUUAGAAAACUUCUUCAGGAUUUCCAGUUGCUUUAUUAUUUUCCACCUAGAAGAAUAGUAAAAAGGCAAUGCUAGCUGUGGUUUGGUUUAAAUAGACCAACAGCAGAGAUAAGAUGAGGAGAAUGGAAAGUAAAUGCCAGUAGUAUUGGUGAUUAGUUUUGGGAGCUUUCAUUUGAAGUGUUACAGUUUGUUGAUUAGGGGAUGACAGUGCAUGUGACCAGGGGAUUACCAGCUUUAAAGGUGGUCACAGAAUUAGGGCUUAUAAAUGGACUUCUUUCAGAUGAAAUUUUUCUUUGUGAGACCUGAUGAGGAAAAUAACUACAGCUUUCAUUUCUUGAUUAUCCCUCCUAAUAAUAUCUUAGAGUUUUAAUAAUAAUUAGCUUGCUUUUGAAUAUCUGGACUUAGACAGUCUUAGCCUUUGGCCUCUCAAGGGCUCUAAAUCUCUAUGCAAAAUUUUGUGUUUUCAUUUUGGUGUGGAAAAUCUUUGUAAAUUUUAUCCUAUUGUCAGAGUAGUCACAGGACCAUAAAAGGAUAAAGAAGCCUGAUCUAGAUCUUUGUUGCUGCUUCUCUAGAGAAUCUUUUCAGAGAGAAAUAAAUAUGAGUUGAAUAUUUUUCAAGGUAAACAUUUUCUGAAACUUUAACAAGAAAAAAUUUUCUGACAUUGUGAACAGAUUAAGUAGCUAUUUUAUUAAAUGCUUUGAUUUUGAUUGAGGUAGUUUUUUGAAAACAUGGGAAUUUUAGUUUGGAAUUAGGCAAAGAUUGUUUAACAGUUGGUGAGUUUAAGUUAAGUGACCUUCAAAUUUUAGCAAUUUCAUGAUUUACAAAUCAUGGGUUAUAAUUUUUUCUCUUAAAUAUAUUUCUGUAUCACAUUUUUAGUGUGUAGAUUUUCUUAUGGUCCCAUGAUUAUUGGUGUAUGCUUUUUUUUUUCUUGGUAAGACCUUUAAGUUUCAUGAUUUUCAAUUGAGAUAAUGUAUAAUGUUUGAGUUUUAGGCUAUAUAAGGAGUUAGCUUUCCUACAUUUAAAGGAAUCUUUUGGCAGUCAGUAGCAUAUUUUCCUGAUUUUUUGUUGUUAAAGGAGAUAAGUUGAUAACUAUAUGUUGAAGGGUUCUCAUGAUAUUCUCUAAAAAGUGCAAAUAUCAGUGCUUGAUUUAUAGAUGUGUAAUAAACAGUGGUCUGUAAAAGCAUUUAGUAUAAAAAAUAUGGUGCUUUCCCUUAUAUACAGCCUAUAAACUUUCCUGUUCCUUGAGUUUAAGGGUAGACUAACAAAUUACAGUGUAGAAGAGAGUCAGCUACCAAAUUAAAUGCAUGCAUACCAUACAGAUAAUUUAUUAAGUAUUUUUACUUAUUGAGCAUUGACUUACAUUAGUUUUCCCUUUUCACCACCACAUCUUUGUCAUUUUGACCCUGAACACUUAAUAAAUCACUCAGAUUGAUCUAAAAUAUGCUUAUGUAUACUUCAAUAGAAAAUUACAUUGCAUGGCUUUCUGACUUGGGUUUUUGUUAUAAAAGUGCCUGUUUUGUUCAUGUGUCCUGAGAGAGCAAGCAUUGUGACAUACCUGACUAACUUAAAAGCAGAUUGCCUGUGAAGCACAAUUUGAGUCCAAUUUUUUGAGGUAUGGAGUUUUAGCUAUCAUGGCUGGGUUUUUACUCAAUCUCAAAUAAUAGGGCUCUGGUUAUUUUGCAGAGUGUCUCUGAAGAAUGGACAGAAUUGCCCUGGCUAACUACAAGCUACGGUUCACAGUGGAUAAAUAGAUGCCCGAGUGGUAAAAGACAUGGCAACAGGAAAGUCUAAGGGAUAUGGCUUUGUCUCCUUUUUCAACAAAUGGGAUGCUGAAAACGCCAUUCAACAGAUGGGUGGCCAGUGGCUUGGUGGAAGACAAAUCAGAACUAACUGGGCAACCCGAAAGCCUCCCGCUCCAAAGAGUACAUAUGAGUCAAAUACCAAACAGCUAUCAUAUGAUGAGGUUGUAAAUCAGUCUAGUCCAAGCAACUGUACUGUAUACUGUGGAGGUGUUACUUCUGGGCUAACAGAACAACUAAUGCGUCAGACUUUUUCACCAUUUGGACAAAUAAUGGAAAUUCGAGUCUUUCCAGAUAAAGGAUAUUCGUUUGUUCGGUUCAAUUCCCAUGAAAGUGCAGCACAUGCAAUUGUUUCUGUUAAUGGUACUACCAUUGAAGGUCAUGUUGUGAAAUGCUAUUGGGGCAAAGAAACUCUUGAUAUGAUAAAUCCCGUGCAACAGCAGAAUCAAAUUGGAUAUCCACAACCUUAUGGCCAGUGGGGCCAGUGGUAUGGAAAUGCACAACAAAUUGGCCAGUAUAUGCCUAAUGGUUGGCAAGUUCCUGCAUAUGGAAUGUAUGGCCAGGCAUGGAACCAGCAAGGAUUUAAUCAGACACAGUCUUCUGCACCAUGGAUGGGACCAAAUUAUGGAGUGCAACCGCCUCAAGGGCAAAAUGGCAGCAUGUUGCCCAGUCAGCCUUCUGGGUAUCGAGUGGCAGGGUAUGAAACCCAGUGAAAAAGGACUCCAGAAUCUAAAGCCAGUGGCUUGAGGCUACAGGGAGUGUAGUAAAGCCGUUGUUUACUUAAAGAUUUAUCAAAUCAGUCAGUGCAAAUGUCAGAUACAAUGUAUUUAUUUAAAAGAUUCAUUUUUAAUCAUAAAAUUACUUAUCCACAUUGUUUUAAAAAGAAACAAGAUGCUGGAUGUCUGCCAAUUUUUGCCUUCAUUACCUUUUUUGAUAAAGUUUCUCAGAUCCUUGUUUCAAACACAAAUGCAGGGAUUGCUGCCACUUUUUAACUAUUAAGAGGCAGAAAAUUGCACAAUAUUGAACUUUUUUCCACUAAAGUAGUGUGCAGUUAUAGUUUGCAUUCCUGAUAUGAUUUAAAACGUAAUCUAAAGAUGUUAAAAAAAAAAAACAAAAGUGCAGAGUCUAGAAGUUCUCUGUCAUCUUCAGCUUGUGCACAAUUCUGUUUUAGGUUAAAAAAAAAAAGGCAUUGUUUGAGCUGUCCCAUCUCCACUGUUACCCUUUGGGGUUUUUUAAUAUAAAUUAUUAGUUUAUGUCGUUUUUGUAUCUACAUCUUUUUUCACAAAUUUGUCUUGCCUUAUUAAAGUUCUGUAAAAUAUACUUAAAUGGAAAAAAUGAUGUUCAUUUAGAUUGAAAACUUUUCUCAGAUGGAUUGAUAAUUGCAUUCAUCUUGUGUUUUAUAUGAGAAGGUGCCUCAAGAAUUCCCUGUUGGAUUUGUUUAAAAGAAUUUUUAUCUUCUGUGAUAAACUUUGCUGUGUACCAGGAACUAUAAAAACAAAAACUUGUUACUAAAGAAAAUAUCUGAAAUGUGAUAAGUUCUUAUGCCAUGUUAAUUUCAUGUGUCAACUUCAACAUUUACAUGUAUUAUUUCAUUAUGUAAAAUGUUUUAGCAAUUUAAUAUUUUGCACAGUUAGCAAACUUUGUAUGUCAUUUCCUUCAAGGUAUCAUGCAGAGUUUACAUGAAAUUUAUAAGGUUUUAAGUUGUUUGCAUGUGAAAAUCAAAUACAUACUUUGGUAGUCUUUGAAUACAAAGUCAUCUGCUCUUGUUUUUCAAGAAUUUUGAGACACAAAGUUGUAUGUAAAGGAAUAUAUUAAUUUGCCGUUUUAUAGGUAGAUUUGCUCAAAAAGAGUGAAUCAACUUAACAUGUACAAAUGAUAGCUGUGAAACUGUAGAAUAUCUAUGUGUCAGGCUUGGAGUUCAUUGUGACCUCCAAAUUUUGCCUGAAGGACCAGCUGGGCAAAGCAUUUUUUUAAAUGUUCAGAGGCCAAAA